UAAAGUCAUCUCAAGAGCGGUUUUAUUUUAAAGUGGUUCCCGUUGCUCUGAUAGUUACGGUACCGGUCCGGUGUGGUCCGACAGUCGGAACACGGAGCUGAUAAAAAGCAGCAGCUCAUCGGUCAGCAGCAGGUAUUAGAAGGUGUUUCCGGCAGAUGGAGGAUCGAGUCUCAGAACCCACACUGGUCCUAGUAUUUAGCGGGAAGAGGAAGUCCGGAAAAGAUUAUGUGACGGACCUGAUCCACAACCGUUUAGGAUCAGAGGUUUGCUGCGUCCUGCGCCUGUCUGGACCUCUCAAACAGCAGUAUGCUCAGGAACACAGUCUGGACCUGGACCAGCUGCUGGGUCCUGGUCCAUAUAAGGAACAGUAUCGGGCCGAUAUGAUUCGUUGGGGAGAAGCUCGACGACGCCAGGACCCCGGAUUCUUCUGUCGCUUGGCAACCAAAGGAGUGCACCAACCUGUCUGGGUGGUGAGUGAUGCACGGCGGCUGUCGGAUCUGCAGUGGUUCUGGUCUGAGUUUCCUCAACAGACUCGAAGUGUCAGAGUUCAAUGUUCAGAAAAAACACGUAAACAGAGGGGGUGGAGCUUCACCACAGGUGUGGAUGAUGCAGAGUCAGAAUGUGGGUUGGACAGCGGGGUUGAAUUUGAUUGGAUCAUCACUAAUGAGGCCGACGCCCCCUCGUUAGAAGAGCAGCUGCAGCCAAUCCUGAAGCUGGCAGGAGAAGCAGCUGAUAAUCGCUGAUCAAUACUAUUAUUGACAACUCGGUAACAGGAGCUGAUCACUGUUCUCUUUCAGUUUUUGUGGAAACGGUUGAUGAGUCAGCAGCUGCGUUUGUAUCAUCACUGCAGCAAAGGCUGAUGGGAGAUUCUCACCUGGGCUGUCACAGACUCACCUGUCAGGGACUUUCAGUGUGAACCUCUGGUGAAGCUGAUCGCUUCCAGCAAAGAUUUCACCUUCAUCCAAUAUUUGAUUAUUGAUUGUUGAUGGGAAAUAAUCAAGUACAUUUACUCCAGUAAUGUGAUGAAGUACAAUUCUGAGGUCCUGUUACAAACAGUAUGAAGUACUGCUUACACAGUAAUAAUACUUGUAUGAGAGUGACAACACUUUUACUACAUGUUGGUGCUUCCGCACUUUCAACAAAGUUUUGAAUUUGCAGCAUUUUUUUACAGUGUAGUAUUACUACUUUAACAGAGUAUCUGCAGAUGCUGAAGAGUCUUAAAUUAAAGAAGAUGUAAAGCCAUAAAAUGUCUUAUUUAUGAUGAUUUUUUGACAUCUUUUUUUCUUGUUGAUGUGAUCAUUUGUCUAAUCAGAGUGAACUUUUGUCAUUAAAGUUUGAUCAGCAGAAGUCAUCAUGCAGUUACAGGAAACUCUUUAACACUUAACAAUCUAAAUUUGUUUUUUUUAACAUUUACUUAAAGUAUAAUUGUGGGAUGUUUAUACUGUGCUUGAGCUUUUUACAUAAUACAUAAAUCAGAGUGCAUGUACUGCAACAAAUUAAGUUAAAGAUUAAUUCAUUUAUCCACUUUACCAUUUAAA